AUGGCAAUAUUAAAAUGUGGUGUUGUUGGUAGAAUUUUCAUUACUAUACUGGUGUUUUCCAGUGUGCAGGCCGGCAUUAAAGAUGAAAUGCGAAAUCGUGUUUCGUUCAAACUAACGGAGUUAAUACGCAAAUUGUUUCCUGUUGAAAAGGAGGCAGAGGAGUCAGUUUUUAAGAAUGUUGUUCCCAAUAUCAUAAAUAGCGUGAAGAAUUUUAUAUUUCCACCAUCAACCACGUCACCAUCAACCACAACUGAAUCAACAGAAACUUCGCAAUCGAUAAAUAUAACUGAUGACAUUACAACUAAAGCAGAUGAACAAACCGACAUCGCGCCAACCGAUCAACAACAAACAACCAUAACGUACGAUGCAACAAAAUCGCAGGGAGAAAUAGAAAAUAUCACAAACGAACCGACCACUGAGGCGGAAGGCGAAGUCAGCUCUACGCCUGCUGAAGAGGGCGAAAAGGAGACGUCAGAAGCUGAAGGAUCUUCUGAAGCGGAAGCCGAAGCCAGUACAACGCCUUCCGAAGCAGAAGCCGAAGGAACCACCGAGGCGGAAGGCGAAGGCAGCUCAACGCCUGCUGAAGAAGGCGAAAAGGAGACGUCGGAAACUGAAGGAUCUUCUGAAGCGGAAGCCGAAGCCAGUACAACGCCUUCCGAAGCAGAAGCCGAAGGAAGCACUGAGGCGGAAGGCGAAGGCAGCUCAACGCCUGCUGAAGAGGGCGAAAAGGAGACGUCGGAAGUUGAUGCUGAUGGAUCGACUGAGGCUACCGUAGAAGAUGCUUUGAGUACUACUGAAGAGUUGCAGGAUACUGCUUCUACGGAGAGUACCGAAGUGGUAUCGACAGAAAGUGAGGAAGUGGACCUUUUAACAACUGAAGAUCUCGAUUCAACAACUACAACGCCAUUCAAAGAGUGCCUUAACUAUACACCACCUCCUCCGGCGUUGCGAAAUCUGUUCAAUAUGUUGAAACCACACCUGAACGAAAGUUCCCGAUCUCAACGAGCAGACCGGAAGAAGUACCCCAGCUAUCGUAAGCUGGUCAAGGAAAUCAGCAAAACCUCAAUGGCCUCGAGCUCGUUCAAGACGAAAGUGGAAUCCAUCAUUUCCCGCUUCCGUGGAUCCAUCAACGAAUCGGUGGCGUCGCAGAUGCACUUCUACGAAGCAACGCGCGUCAGGAUGCUGUUCGAUUUGAAGAACUUUGUGCAGAAACAGUUCAACGCCUUCACCGAUCUUGUGAGCCGCUCGCUGAAGAGCAGUGGCGUGUGCGAUGCACCGAGCGAAGAAUGUUGGAACAAGUUGAGCCAGGAGCUGCCGCGGUUUAUGGAAGACCAGAACCGAGAGAUUGAAACCUGUGACGACAUCUUUCACGCCAACAUACAGAACCCUCAGGGAGCAGCGGUCCGUGCGGUGACAGUGCAACGCAUCGGCCAGGAAUUCGGUAACAUCCCGGCGCGGUGCUUUAGGUCGUCUCAGUCGAACGCCCCGACCAUGGCCUGUCUGAUGAAGAGUAUGCCAUACUACGUCCCAAGAAGCGCCGCGUACUUCAGCAGCCUGGAGAACGCCAUCAACCAGGGCACCAGUCUGAUGCUGUACGUAACGUCCAUGGCGAAGAGCUGUUACGAAAACACCUACAGUGCCCGCACGCAGCUGUUCAGGAACGGCAUGGUCAAGCUGAGAGCCUGCGUGGACGGGGAGAAGCACGCCGCCAUACACCACGCCAUCCACCACGAGCUGGACAAGUAG